GUCGCACAAAUUCUAUGUCAUGCCUGAGCUCCGAUAUUAUGUUUAUCCGUAUUGUUUUAGGAGUAGUUUUUAAAAUAGACGGCUUAUUUUUGUGUGAUUAAAUAUAUCUGGUGUUUUUUCGUGUUUCGGGCCACAUUUAAAGGCUUUCUGGUGAUCGUAAAUAGCUUUGCUGACGAGUUUUUGCCUUCACACGUGGAUCAUUGGGAGCAGGAAUGGACGACUUGCCUGCAGAUUUAAGAGAAUUCCUGCAAAAUCAACCUUUUCUCGAGCUGACCGAAGCCAAAAAGAUCAAGUGCACAUUAAAUGGCCACGAGUUUCCGUGCAAGCUUGCUGAGCUACAGAACUUCGUAUCUGGGAAGAAAUACAAGAAACUGUGUGCUGGAGAGGAGUUUAACUACAGUCAGUAUGAACCUCAUCUGGUCCCGAGCACCAAGCAGCCGAAUCACCUUUUUUGCAAGCUGACCCUGAGACACCUCAACCGUGUGCCACAUCACGUCCUUCGGCACGUCGGCGGAAAACGGUUCAGGAAAGCUCUGGCAGAAUAUGAGGAGUGCAUGAAACAAGGUGUGGAGUUUGUUCCCAUCAGACUCCGGCAGAAAAAGGCACCCCGAGACACAGAAGAAGAUGGUGGCACGGAGAGCACGAGCGGAGGAAGCAGCAAGCACAAACACAAGCAGAAAGAGAAACCGAAACAAGACAGCAGCAUCUGGGCUCCGAGCUCCAGCGAGGGAGAAGCCAGCGACUCUGAGGACAGCAUGUCGGAUCUCUAUCCACCUACUAUGUUCACGCUAAAGAAGUCAGAGGGAGGGGAAGAGAUGGAGGAAGGUGAAGAUGAAUUCCAGACUGAUGAUGACGAUGAUAUGGAGGUUUCUGAACCGGAAGAAGAGAAACAAGCAGCGCAGAAGCGUAAAAAGGUCCAGUCUGCUGGAUUUAACAAGAAAUUUAAGAAAAACAGAAAAAGGAAAGGCUUUAAGCAGAUCAGUAAAGUGAAGAAUGGAAAAUAAUAAAAUGAGGUUGCAUUAA